GCAGUGCAUGUCUUUGGAGCACGGGGAGAACAUGCAAACCUCGCGCGCACAGGGCAGAGAGGCAGGAAGGUGCGAGUGCUAGCCACUAAGCUACUCUGCUACUCUGAUCAAAUCAUACGCUAACAAAUGAAAUCAUGACGCAGACGUUUCGAGGCGAAUAUGCGCUGUGAUUCAGGGUAUUCUGUGGCUGCUCUUUAGGCGGGUUGUUCAGUAGAAGAGUGUGUGGUUAGAAAUGUAACUCAGGUAUUCCAGUGAAAAGACCUUUGCACAGUUCUGUGUCGGUGUUCGGGCUCGAGCUUCCAGCUUAAAGGUCACUCGCGUUCAUCUAGUCUAAACAAGAGGCCAUUAGAGGGCAGACAUCAGUGAGGGAAAGCGUUCAGGAAUACAGCUAGCUAACUGUGGAGAGGCGCAGAAAUGUUUAGUAAGUCGCUGGUAAGACGUGCACUGCUUGUGUAUAAGCAGGAUGUUCAGAGUGGAGUGAAAUGCAGCAGGGCGGUGUGUGUGAGUGGGAGACGGGAAAACUCGUCCACUGUCGUGGACAGCAGCAGCAGCAGCAAGCUGAAGACGAUGGAAGACUUGGGCGGCCCCAGCUUUCUGACAUCUCUCUACUGGCUUUUUGGCAAAGGCUACUUUCAGAUUACUCACCAAAUGCAGAUUGAACACAGCAAAAUCUAUGGUCCUUUGUGGAAGUCCAAGUAUGGGCCAUUAGUGGUCGUGAAUGUGGCCAGGGCAGACCUCAUAGAGCAGGUACUGAGACAGGAGGGCCGUCACCCCAUUCGAACUGACAUGACCCACUGGAGAGGAUACCGGGAGCUCCGCAACCAGGCCUAUGGCCCUCUCACAGGGAUAGGGGCAGAAUGGCAACGCAUCAGAAGCAUUUUGAACCCUCGCAUGCUGAAGCCGAGACAUGUGUCAGGCUACACUAAUGCCAUCAACGAGGUGGUAAGAGACUUCAUAGAGAAGGUGGCUUGGCUAAGGGCAACAAAAGGCAAUGGUGUAAUGGUGCAUGAUGUUGCUGGAGAACUCUACAAGUUUGCAUUUGAAGGGAUCUGCUCUGUUGUAUUUGAGACCCGACUGGGUUGUCUGAAUGAGGUGAUCCCUGAAGAAACACAGAAGUUCAUCUUUUCUGUGGGAGAAAUGUUCCGCCUUUCCCCUAUCAUUGUUCUUUUCCCGAAGUCUGUGUGGCCCUACAUGCCCUUCUGGAAGCACUUUGUAGCCGUAUGGGACCACCUUUUCAAAGUUGCGGAUGAUCUAGUUCAGAAGAAGACGGCAGAGAUUCAGGAAAAGGUGAAGCAGGGACUGGCAAUAGAUGGUGAGUACCUCACUCACCUGCUGAUCAGUGAGCAGAUGACCCCCACCGAGGUGCUGGGAAGCAUCACUGAACUGCUGCUGGCUGGAGUCGACACUACAUCCAACACUAUUUCCUGGGCUCUGUAUCAUUUGGCUCGAGAUCCAGAGGUCCAGCAGAGGCUCUACAAUGAAGUAAUCAGCGUUUGCCCAGGCAACAAGGUGACUUCCAGUGAAGACAUCAGCAAGAUGCCUUGGCUGAAGGCUGUUGUUAGAGAAACACUUCGGUUAUACCCUGUGGUGCCAGGGAAUGCUCGCGUCACUGCUGAAAAUGAAAUAGUGGUGGGGGGUCACCUCUUCCCUAAAAAUACUCUGUUCCACUUGUGCCACUAUGCGGUGUCCUAUGAUGAGAACAUAUUCCCAGAGCCCCUCACAUUUUCACCACAGCGCUGGCUGCGGGAUGAGAAGCAGUUAAGCCAGCACCCAUUUGGCUCUGUGCCCUUUGGAUUCGGCAUCCGUGCGUGCUUGGGAAGAAGAGUAGCUGAACUCGAAAUGUAUCUCAUCCUCUCCCAGUUAAUUAAACACUAUGAAGUGCGACCAGAUCCCAAUGGAAAGCCUGUGAAGCCAAUCACGAGAACUCUGCUCGUCCCAGCCACAUCGAUUGACCUUCAGUUUAUUGACAGGCAAGUCGGGCAGAAGACCACAGCCAAUGCUGCUGCCUGAUAAUGUACACGGAACCCACGGAAACUAUCAACAAACUAAUUUGGACCGCUGUUUUACACUGCUGUACUUCCAUUACUGUGGUUUCUAAUGCCUCAAUUUUAUAAGCAUGAAAUACAUAAAGAAGAAAUAAUUUUAUUAGUCAUAGGGCAAAAGGAGUAGAACUGUACACUGCAUUGCCAGUGUGUUAGGUACUAGAUAAGUAUAAUGAAGUUAAUGCCCUGGAAACCGGGUGUAAUUUUAUUAUUUAAAUAGCAAUUUUUCUUGAGUUAAAACUAAUUUGUUUAACAGUUGGCAGUGCUAGUUCUAAUUCUUUGCUGUAAAUGUGGGUUGAAAAAUAACUUUGCUCUGGAUUCUGUCUUAGUGAAUACAAUGGCGCCACCAUAAGAUCAGACAUAGAAACAGAAUACAUACAUGGGGAAUGCUAAAAGCAAGCAUGCACACUUAUGUUCUUUUUACAGUUGAGGUCAAAAGGGUGAAAACUUUUGAACAGAAUGGAGAUGUGAACAUUUUUCUUAUUUUGCCUAAAUAUCAUAUUUUUUCAUUUAGUACUGCCCUUCAGAGGCUACAGAAGAUAGUUACAUGUUUCCCAGAAGACAAAAUAAGUUAAAUUUACCCUGAUCUUCAAAUUCAAAAAGUUUUCACCCCCCGGCUCUUAAUGCAUGGUUUUUCCUUCUGGAGCAUCAGUGAGUGUUUGAACCUUCUGUAAUAGUUGCAUAUGAGUCCCUCAGUUGUCCUCAGUGUGAAAAUAUGGAUCUCAAAAUCAUAUAGUCAUUGUUGGAAAGGGUUCAAAUACACAAAUAAUGCUGGAAAACCAAAGAAUUUGUGGGACCUGAAGGAUUUUUCUGAACAACAGCAGGCAGUUUAACUGUUCAGGACAAACAAGGGACUCAUGAGCAACUAUCACUAAACAAAAAAACACAGCUGUGGAUCAUUCAGGUAACAACACAGUAUUAAGAAUCAAGGGGAUGUAAACUUUUGAACAUGGUCAUUUUUAUAAAUUCAGCUAUUAUUUUCUCUUGUGAACUAUAUGUAAACAUCUUUUAUGUGAAAUAUCUUAUUCAGGUCAGCACUAAAUAAACAAUAACAUGCAUUUUGUAUGAUCCCUCUUAUUUUGGUAAAAUAAUAAACAUUUUGCAGAUUCUGAAAGGGGGAUGUAAACUUUUGACCUCAACUGUAUAUCUAUGAACUACUCAUUGUAAUUAAAUGAUGUUUAAAACAAAUAUUUUUUAAACUUUAUAUUUUAACUGUCUGUGCACUUUUAGAUAUUUUGUAAAUUGUAAGAAACUGAUAUUUAUCAGGGCCAUUAAUCAAUGUUUAUAUAACCUUUCACAGAAAUAUGCUAUGAUAAUAGAGAAACAAAUAGAGAAUCAAAUGGGAGUGGUCCUCACUAUCCUUAAUCAGUGCAGUGACUCUUUGUUGUUAAAAAAAAAAGAACAUCAAAAAAUUGUUACAGACGUUAAUGUUGCCAGAAAUUUCCAUUUUAACAGUCAUUUACUGACAUUCCCAUUAAAAAGAUUCUAUAGUAUUCUAUAGUUGAUAUAUGAUACGUAUUUACUAGAACACUGAUCAUGAUGAGCAUGAUAAGUUUUGUAUGAUCAACAAUGUGGAACAUUUUGGUUCUGGUGGUUGUAUUUAAAAAAAAAAAAAAACACUUACUUAUCCAGAUCAGCACUGGUGCUUCUCCGUCUGUAUAAGAUUUAACAACAAACAUGCAGCAUUUUAUAGUGCCUUUAAUAAAAAUAUGCCAGAUUAAA